AUGGAAAAGUGCUCUGCAUCUGUUGCUCCAAUUCAGAAGGGAGAUAACUUCAGUCUUAUGCAAUGCCCUAAGAAUGAAUUGGAGCGAAAGGAAAUGGAAAAUAUUCCUUAUGCAUCUGUCGUUGGGAGUUUGAUGUAUGCUCAAACAUGUACCCGACCAGACAUUAGCUUUGCUGUCGGGAUGCUUGGUAGAUAUCAAAGCAAUCCUGGUAUGGAUCACUGGAAAGCUGCAAAGAAGGUGUUGAGAUACUUACAAGGCACAAAGGAGUACAUGCUUACUUAUAAGCGGUCCGAUCGCCUUGAGGUGAUAGGAUACACGGAUUCAGAUUUUGCCGGGUGUUUGGACACAAGGAAGUCCACAUUUGGAUAUCUGUUCCUUUUAGCCGAGGGGGCUAUCUCUUGGAAAAGUGCGAAGCAGACUGUCAUUGCUGCAUCCACUAUGGAAGCUGAGUUUGUGGCAUGUUUUAUGGCCACAAAUCAUGGGUUAUGGCUGCGGAAUUUUAUUUCAGGACUUGGAAUUGUCGACAGUAUUGCCAAGCCGCUGAAAAUUUAUUGUGAUAAUGCCGCAGCAGUCUUCUUUUCUAAAAACGACAAGUAUACAAGUGGUGCUAAACAUAUUGAUUUGAAGUAUCUUGCCGUUAAAGAAGAUGCUUGGGAACGAAGGGUAUCAAUUGAACACAUUAACACUAGAUUAAUGAUUGCAGACCCAUUAACUAAAGCCUUGCCACCAAAGGCAUUUAAUGAGCAUGUUGAGAGAAUGGGCAUUAUUGAAAACUGUUAA